AUGAGAUCUCUCUUCGUCGUAUCCGUUUUCCUAGCAGCAACUGCAUCAGCCAAUAUCAACAGUUUCCUCAGAACAGCCUUUAAGAGCAUUAGUCCUUAAACUGUAGUCAAUGCUGAGCCAGUUCACACCAUCUAGACCUUAAAGGAUGGUGACUGGCCCACUGUUCAUACCUAUGAGAACUUUGAACUUGACGCUGUGGUAAAUACCUGGGAUCCCACCACAAAGACUCUUACUUAAUACAAGAAUAUGACCAUGAACUAGAAGAUUGACACCAGAGGUAAUAGGGAGCUGACCUCUAUGAAGUCAGACAUCCCCAACCUUGGAUACACUGAGAUUAUCACCUAUGUCGACUUCACUACUAAUGUGCUCUACCAAAGAAUUCCCGACCUCAAUAUUUGCAACCACAUGGACAACCCAGUCCCAUGGAAUCUUACUUAAUUCUUCGCUGCUGCUUAAGACCCUAAAAGAGGUCUCACCCAGUACCUCGGAGUUCAACAAAAGGAAUGGGCCACUCAUGACCUUCAUGCCUUCAAUCUGACUCUUGAUGUUAAAGGCAAAGGCAAAGAAUCAGAAGUACUCUACUUCUGCACUAAGACUCUUGACCUCAAAUUCAUCACUGUUGACUCUCAACCAACAGUAGUUGUUUAAAUCCCAAGAAUCUAAGAGAAAUUAUUCACUGAUGAUGAUUUCAAGGGCUAAGAUUGCUCAACUCAGAAGACCCCUCACUUUAUCAAGGAUAUCGACUUUGCUAGAGCUCAUUCUCUACUCUUCUGA